UGUUUGCUCUUGGAGCACUGCACAGUUCACACAAUGCCUGCUGCAGGAGCAACAGCAUUACAUUCUUUCCUCUGCUUCUCUCCUCAGAAACCAUCAUCUUCACCGCCACUAAAUUCCCAGCAAUCAAACGGCACCUUGGCAGCAAAACCCAAAAGCGUCCUCCAAAACCACCCACUCUACACACCAACCCAUGAAAAUAUCUCCCUCCAAAUCAAAGAGAAAAUCCUCUGCCUUGAAAUCAUGGGUGUUGACUCAGGGAAAGCCCUCUCCCAAAACCCUUCUCUACACGAAGCCUCCCUCGAAUCCGUCCACUCCAUCAUCUCCUUCCUCCAAGCCAAAGGCAUUCGCCAGAAGGACUUGCCCAGAAUCUUUGGCAUGUGCCCCAAAAUUCUCACCUCCAACAUCAAAACUGACCUUAACCCAGUUUUCAUCUUCCUCUCACAAUACCUUGGAGUCCCAGAUCAUAACUUUAGAAGGGUCAUCAACAAAUGCCCAAGAUUGCUUGCUUGCAGUGUAAGCGACCAGCUGAAACCAGCCUUUUUUUACCUUCAGAGACUUGGGUUCAAGGACUUGGAGGCCUUGGCUUACCAUGAUUCUGUCUUGUUGGUUUCUAGUGUAGAGAUCACCCUGAUUCCCAAGCUGAAGUAUUUGGAAAGUUUGGGGCUUUCCAGGGAUGAGGCUGUGGGGAUGGCUUUAAGGUGCCCGGCCCUGUUGACAUUCAGCAUCGAGAAUAAUUUUAAGCCAAAGUUUGAGUACUUUGCUGUGGUGAUGGAGAGGAAGUUGGAGGAGUUGAAGGAAUUCCCUCAGUAUUUUGCAUUUAGUUUGGAGAAGAGGAUAAAGCCUAGGCACGAGAAAGUCUUGCAGAGUGGCGUGGAAGUCCCUUUGCCACUGAUGCUUAAGAGCACUGAUGAAGAGUUUGCUGGAUUGAUAAGACAAGGGGGGUAAUGAGUAUGACGGGUACACUUUUCUGAACACAACACUGAUAGGAAGCGAAGGAUUUUUGGCUUGUUUACAUGCUUAGAAUGUCAAGGAACAGGCUCCAUGGUAUGGUGAGAAGUAAUUGAGUUGCAGAAAUUCUUGUUAGUUGUCUUGUGCAAAUUUGGAUUGCCCAUUUCAUUUUACAUUGUUUAAUGUACAUUGAAGCCACGGUGCUGUAUAUUGUAUUAUCUUCUGUAAUAAAAUUUCCAAUAUCAUUUUAUAGGUUUUAUGAUAUAGUGGAAUAGAAAUUUUGGUUCCUGUAUUACUAGCUGUAAAUAGGCAAGCAUUAUUUUUUCUUUUCUUGUUUUUUUGGAAAGAUUGCAAUGUGGGCAUGUGGAAUUUACCUGAUAAUACCCAAUGCUACUGGUAAAUCAAAUAGACAAGAUGACUAGAGAAACCACUGCAAUACUCAAAGUUCACUACUUUGAAGAAAAUCCUUGUGUUCCUUCUUCCUUUCUCAUAUAUGAGUGCUUGUGUGUAUGCACAGAUGCGUCAGAAGAGACUGUGAUUGGUGCUUGUAUAUAUCUAGUGACCACUUAUAUCGAUCUUGAUAUUGUAUGUGGUUAUUAGUAGGUUCGGGGUUAUUACUUAUAAAAAACAAUGCAGGUUUUGGGUGAUAGAGAAUUUUUUCCCUGGGGUUUUUCUGCCUCGCACGGUUUUACACAUCAAAACCAUAAUAAGAGAAGCUCCACAGUUGAGAUUUUCCCCUUAUGUUAGCUCAAUGGCGAAGUCAAAGUCUUACUCGAUCCGCAUGAAGGAGACGUUUUGCACGGGUCCGAAUUUUAUCCGACUAGAGUAGGUACGCAAAGUGGUCCUACCUUUGAAGAGUUCCUCGUCAUAAAAUAAAAAAUAAAUAAAAUUCCCCAUAUGUUAGAAAAGCUAUAAAAUUGAUAGCAAUAUUGUUCAGUAGUUUCGAUGCAUUCUACUGUAUAGCAAUCGUAUACAUUGGUAUUAUUAUAUUUAUGCAUUUCUGCUUAGUUCGGAUAUUGCUUGGUUUAUCAA